GUCACAUUGACGCAUUGCGGCGGCACCGGAAACAAACACGGAAUUCUUGCUUGGACGGUCUUACGUGUCAUUACGAGAGUUCAAGUGAUUCACGAACCUGCCGGGGACUUCUGCUGAACAAAUCCAGACUGGUUGAUGUGUCGGUGUUGAUGAACGGCGUCCUCCUCGGUAACUGUUGCUAACGGCAGAAGCAUGAAGGCUCUAAUCCUGGUCGGAGGAUACGGGACCCGGCUGCGACCGCUCACCCUGAGCGUUCCCAAACCGCUGGUGGAGUUCUGUAACAAACCCAUCCUGCUGCACCAGGUGGAGGCGCUGGUCAAGGCUGGUGUGGACCAUGUGGUUCUGGCUGUGAGCUACAUGUCAGAGCUGCUGGAGAGAGAGAUGAGAGUCCAGGAGCAGAGACUCGGGAUUCGUAUUUCUCUGUCUCAUGAGAAGGAGCCUUUGGGAACCGCGGGUCCCCUGGCUUUGGCUCGAGAGCUGCUGAACAUCGACAACGAGCCGUUCUUCGUCCUUAACUCAGACGUCAUCUGUGAUUUUCCCUUCAAAGAUCUGCUUCAGUUUCACCACAACCACGGCAAGGAGGGAACCAUCGUGGUGACGCGGGUGGAGGAGCCCUCUAAGUACGGCGUGGUGGUGUUUGAGUCGGACAGCGGGAGGAUCCAUCGCUUCGUUGAGAAGCCGCAGGUGUUUGUGUCCAACAAGAUUAAUGCCGGGAUGUACAUCUUCAAUCCCAGCAUGCUCAGCAGGAUCCAGCUGAGACCAACAUCCAUAGAGAAAGAAAUCUUUCCAGUCAUGGCAGAGGAGGGGCAGCUGUAUGCCAUGGAGCUGCAGGGUUUCUGGAUGGACAUCGGUCAGCCCAAAGACUUCCUGACAGGGAUGUGUAUGUACCUCCAGUCACUACGACAACAGGCUCCUGAGAGGCUGCGUACGGGGCCCGGUUUCCUUGGCAACGUCAUGGUGGACCCGACAGCGCAGAUCGGGGAGAACUGCACCAUCGGUCCCAACGUCACCAUCGGCGCCGGUGUGGUCGUGGAGGACGGCGUGAGGAUAAAGCGGUGCACGGUGCUGAAAGGGUCGAGGGUUCGAUCGCACUCCUGGCUGGAGAGCUGCAUCGUGGGGUGGAGCUCCUCGGUCGGCCAGUGGGUCCGCAUGGAGAACGUGACGGUGCUGGGGGAGGAUGUGAUCGUGAACGACGAGCUUUACCUGAACGGAGCCAACGUCCUGCCGCACAAAUCCAUCAACGAGUCGGUCCCAGAGCCGCGGAUCAUCAUGUAGCGAAACUCCCAACGCCUUUUAUAUGAACUGAACACCCAAACUGUGCCAGAGGAACAGAGGGACGAACAAUCGGGUCGGGGGGAGGAGGAAGAACAAAGGGCUGCUUUUUGUUUCUUUUUAAAAUUGAUUUGGAUUGGUUUUAGCCCUGCUUGGCUGCAUCUUCCACCAGUAAGACAAAAACAGACAGCGGGGAGGUUCAUGCUAGUUAUAGAGGUCAAACGCUGGUGGAUGAUAAAUACAGGGAAUACAGGGGAGGGACGGGGGGUGGUGAGGAGAUGAGAGCAGCAUUAGCACUGCUUUUUAGACUCCCUAUGCAUUUACACUGAAAGAUCAAACCACAUGUUGAAAUCAUGACUAACAAAGCUGAGACUCUGAUCAGACCUUUUCAACAAAAUGCAGUAUUCAACAUAGUUAAAUGCAGUUUAGUUUGUUCAUGUGGACAGCACAACUGUAGCUGUGAAAAAGCAAGAGUUAGGAACCAUGUUUGUGUCUACCAGAUGAAUGUACGAGCUCUUCCUUAUCCCAUCACAACAUGUGAUUUGAUCCAUUUUUAUGUAGAAAUACUAAUUAGUGCAGCUUUAAUUAGCAUCACUGUCAGUUUUGUGUUGUUGCCUUGACAACGGUUUUUCUGUACGUAAAAAAUGAACAACGUGUAGCUGCAGUUUCUAGUCUGUUUACAUGAGUUUGAGUGACACUGAAUCAACGGUGUGUGAGGGCCACUGUAGGUUCUAAAUGAACACAUCAGUAGAAAUACUACUGAGCUGAAGGAGGAGAGUCAUUUUUGAGAAAACAAACUACGUGUCUUAGGUUAAAGUUGUAAGUUUAUGACAAAAUCUUGUCUGAUUGAAGAGCAAGCCUCUGAUAUUUUUUGAGAAAAAAAAUAUAAAAAGACUAUUCUCCGAGAUCAAAGUAGUAAAUUUAAUAAGAAUUUGGAUAGUCUCUGGCAAUAAACUUGUAAAUUUCCAAGAAAGACUUGAAUGUGCUCUAAGCCUGAAGUGCUGGACAUUCUGAGAUUAAAAUUGUAAAUUUACCAGAGUAAAAACUCUAUUCUGAGAUUAAAGCCAAAAAAUAAAAAUUACAUUAAAAAAAAUCCCAGAGAUAAACACCAAAAUAUAAGAUGGAAAAAACCAUGGAUCUUCCCUAAGACUGAUGUGGUAAAUGGAUGAGAACAAAGCUCUGAGAUUAAAGUCAGAGUAAAGCUCAGAUAUUCCCUGAAAUCAAAGUCUUAAUAAAUAUACAAGACAAAAACAUGGAUAUUCUCUGAGAUUAAUAUUGUUCAUUUAUGAGAAAAACAAACUUCUCUGACAUGUACAAAAUGUAAAUAUACAAGAAAUUAUUCUUUUCUUCCUUUAUUACUUUUUUAAAUGUGUUUUUCUGGCCUAAAUCACAUUGAUUUCCUUAUUGCCAGAUCUGAAAAUACAGUUUGAUGAAUGGAAUGAAAAGUACAUGGAGUUCUUUCUCAGAAUAUUUCUCCUCCUUCAGCUUGGUAAUUGUUUUUUUUAAUGAUUUAGUCUACAGUGGUGUGCAUGUGGACUGAUUUAGUUUUGUCUCAGUGUUUCUGGAAGUCGUGCUGUGGUUGAGCUCAUGCUGUGCUGAUGUACAGGUGUGUGUCAGGACCUGGUGACAUCACAGGGGGGCGUGGUUACAGGUGCAGCAGAAGUUUGGGGGAGUUUAUUCUUUGGAUUCAUUGUGAAGAAAGUUCUUCAUUAUGCUGCAGUUCAUUCAUGUUCUUCCCUAAAUCAGAAGUACUUGUUCUGUGUACGGUGGCCAUGUUGGGACAUUUCAGGCUUCAUCGGUCUCAGCUGGACUCCUCAGUUAGCCACAGCUAGCUCACCUGCCAUUUGUUAGCAUGCUCCACCAGAGUUCUUCCUGGUGUUACCUCCAGCUUUGUUGUACAUUUGGCUAAAACUCAACAGGCUGUGAUGUGGAUUUUGCUGUUAGAACUGUGUUGGAUGACUUCUUUAAAAGUCAUGAAUGGACUUAAAUCUUCAACUUGUAAGCUAAUGUGAUCAGUAUAUAUUUAAAGUACAGAGGAAAGAGUCAAUCUGGAUGUGUUGGUCAGCAACCCCUCUCUAAAAAGUGAUAAAUAUGCAAAUGUUUAGCAUGUUAGCACGCCAUUUUAGCAUUCAUCUCAAGUUGAAGUUGCUGGGACUUCACUGUUUACUGAAAUGUUGGUCAGCUAAAACUGUUAUUAAAUGGACCUGCUCUUAUAUAGCGCUUUUCUACUCAUCAGAGUACUCAAAGCACUUUUACAACAAUUGCUCCCAUUCACCCAGACACACACUAAUGCGCAGGUUGCUAAUCAACCUGCAACAUCAGUCAGUAUACAUUCAUACACCAGUGGAACAGUCACUGGUAGGCAAUUCGGGGUUCAGAAUCUUGCCCAAGGAAACUUCGGCAUACAGCACAUGACUAGGCGAGAGCGGGAAUCGAAGUGCCGACCCUUUGAUUAUUGGACGACCCGCUCUACCACCUGAGCCACAGCCGCCCCAUUAUUAAUGACACUAGUUGAAAUUAGGAGGACUGUCUGAUUCAUAAGCUGCCUCACAGGCUGACAUUUAAAAUUAUGUUCUUUAAUGAACAUAAAGGGAAUAGUCUGCAUGAGACAGACUUGACUGCUGAUCUGUGUCGCCCUGGUUGUAAAAACGUGGCGGUGUUAAAUCAUCAGAUGGCUGAUGGAGUGAAAAUAAUUGUUCCUGGAGGUCGUCCUUGUUUCAGAUCAGGACUAAUGAUACAUGUACAUGUGCAGCAGGUGGUUCAGACACUCAGCACUGGACUGUUCCAUGGUUGUUAUGAAGUCAGUGAUGAACAGUGGGGGAAACUGUAAAUGUGAAGGCUUUAUGUCUGAAUGAAUGAAGUCAUUUCUUGUUCUGAAGUCUUUUUUAAAAAGAGAAUAAUGGAAUCUACUGAUCACACCUA